AUGUUUCGUUCUAUAUUCCUGGUUCCAGUGUUCUGCCUGAUCUUAGUGGCCACCCAGGAUGAAGUGGUGCCCGACGAUCCGGAAGUGCAGAAGCAAAUGCACGCAAUGUUCUACAAGGCUAGAGUGGCCUGUGCGGAUGAGAAUUUGAUUCCGUAUGGUAAGUCACGGUACCUACACCUGAGUCCGUAUUCUGUGCAUGCUCUGCAGGAUCACGCCAAGGAUAAUGGCGAUGUUUUCAUUAUAAAUUACGAUAGCUUCGAUGGUGAUGUGGAUGACAUAUCCACCACCACACCAGCUCCCAGGGAAGCCGACUAUGUAGAUUUCGAUGAGGUCAAUCGCAUCUGCAAUGCCAGUUUUAUAACUCCAAUGCCCAACGUCUUACAGUUUAAUAGCACAGGUGAGCUGCCGGACGACAAGGAUAAAACUAGCAUGUGCUAUUUCCACUGCUUCUUUGAAAAGUCGGGCUUGAUGAAGGACUACAAGUUGAACACAGAUCUGGUGCGCAAAUAUGUUUGGCCGGCCACCGGCGAUUCCAUCGAGGUUUGCCAGAACGAGGGCAAGGAUGAACCGAAUGCUUGUGAACGGGGCUAUGCCAUCGUCAAGUGUGUCUUCAUCAAAGCCCUUACGGAUGCCAGGAACAAGCCCACCGUUUAAGAACUCCA